AUGAAUAGUUUUUUUGAUCUCUUGGGUACUGAUGAGGAGGAUGCAGAUCAGCUUGCUCAGCAUAAUGUUCACUGGAGUUCUGGUAAUCUAGAUAUGAUCGUGGAAGGUCAAUUGUUUGGUCUCCAAGAAACUAUAGUGAAGACUAAGAAUUUUUGUAAAGUCUUCACUAAUUUUGGUCAAGAGUGGGCUGUGAUGGCUAACUAUUCAAAACAUGAUGCUGGUAGGAUUUGGCUGAUUGUUAAUGAUAGAUGGCUUGAUACCUAUCCUGGUGCUUCUGCCUCUUUCGUGCCUGAAGGUUUAAUGGAUCAUUCUCCAUGUUGUGUGCAUAUGCAGUCAUCAAUUGGUAACAUUAAGAAACCAUUUAGGUUGUUUAAUAUUUGGACUGAAGCUCCUAAUUUUAGGAGUUUAGUUCAGGAGGCUUGGGAAACUGAAACACAUAGUACAACCAUGUUCUGUGUUGUUCAAAAACACAAGGAAAGAGCUGAUGCCAUAGCCGAUGAGAAGUUGAUUGAAGCUCAGAUGAGAUUGGUUAAAGACCCCUUAAAUUUGACUUUGGUAGAGCUGGAAUUUAAAGCUACACAGGAUUAUAAUGUUGCUCAUGCUACCAAACUUUGCUUCCUGAAACACAAAGCCAAAGCUCACUGGCUUAAGGAAGGUGACAUGAAUUCUGCUUUCUUUCAUGAUGCUAUCAGGCAAAGAAGGGUCCAAAAUAGAAUCUGUAGUAUUCAGUCUGCUUCUGGUGGUAUUCACAGUCCGGAUGAUAUAACUGAGGUGUUUGUGGAGUAUUAUAAGGGCUUACUAGGGACUGGUUCGACUGAUUGUGUUCCUGUGCAUCCUGAGGUUAUUGCAGCUGGCCCUUUUUUAACUAAGAUUCAGAAGGAGCUCCUGUGCAGGACUUUUUCUGAACAUGAUGUUCAGGCUGCUAUUUGGAGUAUUGAAGAUAACAAGGCACCUGGGCCAGAUGGUUUUACUAGUAAAUUCUUCAAGGCUGCUUGGAGUAUUGUAAUGGUGGAUGUCUGUAAAGCUGUAUUGGAUUUCUUUGAACAUGGAAGGCUGUUGAAGCAAAUAAAUUCCACCACCCUUACUUUGAUUCCUAAGGUUACUAAUGCAACUCAGGUUACUCAAUUUCGACCUAUUGCUUGCUGUAAUAUUCUGUAUAAGGUCAUUUCUAAGUUGGUGGCUGCAAGAAUGAAGGAAGUACUUCCUGGUAUUAUUAGUGUUAACCAAAGCGCUUUCAUUUCUGGUAGAUCUAUUAUUGAUAAUAUCAUGCUAUGCUAG